AUGUCUUCUGAAAGGCAGCAGAUCUAUGAAGAGCUUUCUGUUGGCUGUCAUGCCUACCGCGAAGGCUUCAAGAGUUCAUAUGACUAUAUCCCAUCAAAAGGAGCAGGUAUUGCAUUCUGUUUGCUCUUCGGAAUCACAAUGAUUGCACAUAUUGUGCAGUUCUCCUGGAAGCGGACAUGGUGGUGCUGUGUCUUUGCCAUUGGUAGCGCUGUGGAAGUUCUUGGCUGGGCUGGACGUACCUGGAGCUCUGAUUGCCCAUAUAACAGUACCGCAUUCAUGAUUCAGAUAUCGACAUUGAUCAUUGCUCCUGUUUUCUACACAGCCGGAAUCUACAUUUUACUUGGUCGCUUGAUCAAAGUGUUCGGUCCGGAAAGCUCCUUCCUCUCACCCAAGCUCUACCUUUGGAUAUUCUGCACUUGCGACGUCAUCUCUCUCGUUAUCCAAGCAGCUGGAGGCGGCCUUGCAUCUUCCGCUUCAAAUGGCAAAGGCGACACUAAACCGGGCACCAACACCAUGGUUGCGGGUAUAGUCUUUCAACUAGUCUCGAUCAGUGUGUUUGUAUACUGUGCGAUUGACUUCCUUCGACGGACGACCCGUGCCGGCUUGAUAAAGAUGGGGAAAGUGGACUCCACCAACUGUAUUGUUCUCGCGAUGAUCAUCUCAGUCGUUUUUAUCUAUAUCCGGUCCAUUUAUCGUGUUGUUGAGCUUGCUCAGGGCUGGACAGGCUAUAUCAUAACUCACGAGGUAUUUUUCAUCGCUCUCGAUGGUGUCAUGAUGAUCGUCGCUGUGGGGAUUUUCAAUAUCUUUCAUCCUGGCUGGCUACUGCCGUCUUAUGACUCUUUUACGCUACCAAAGCACCGGAGUUCUCGUGAGAUGACGGCCCAAAAAUUGCAAAGCCCUGAGAGCAGCGAAAAUAGGGGUCCUGGGAGCUACUGA